AAUCAACAUGCAUGCUUACUCAAAUCGAAUAAAAAAACUUCUUCACUCCGACCAAAAGACGAGUUGAACUUAGUCGGCCCAACAUAACUUUGACUGCUCUAGACAUGAAAGGCACAAAGUAUAGGUCAUGAGGAUAAAGAUGUUGAGUUAGGGAGGGAUAGAAUUUCUUUUUUAAAUGAAAUAAAUAAGAAAAACGUCACACCAUCUUAUUUAUUCCGAGAUUUAUGUAUGAUACUUUUUUCGAGAUUUAUAUAACUGAAAAAGAAGAAGAUUUUUGUGCACAACACUUUUUGUACCACACAUAAAUGUUUAAUAGUACAUGUUCUUUAAUAUUGAAGUGUCUAAUAAAAAAUUGGGUCUGAAUUCUCGGAACAAGUUUAAGGCUAUUGAUGAGUAGAUUCAUUACAAAAAUUAUUUUUAAAAGAAAAAAAAAAUCUCAAAGCCCUUAUAUAUAUCCAAUCUUGCAAGCUAAGCUCAAAAGACAUACUACCAUUAUGAUGACGAGCUUUUGUAAUAAAAAAGUCCACCCUUUCUUGUGUGUAUCAAAUUCCAAAGACAAUGGAACCCUGAUGGACCUUUCCACCCCCCGUAUAAAUAUUCUCACAACCCCAUCAAUCGGCGGCGACAUCUCUGCAGUUGACACUCAAAAGCCUACCAGUUACGUCGACUCCGGCCACAUGACACCGCCAGCUGCUGUGGCGAAGAAAGAUCCCGGCGGAAUUGGGUUCUUAGAUGAAGUCGGCGGGAGUGUUGAUGGACUAAUGUCAUGUACAGAGAGUCUUGGUUUUGAGAGUUCUGAUGAGAGGACAGUAGAUGAUCAAAUUGAUCAUAUCGAAGAACUAGGUUUGUUUGCUAGGAAAUCAAAUAAUUGUACUAGUAAUAUGUCUGGGACUAAUUCAAGGUGCUGGCAAAGAAGUAGUAAUUUUGGGGAGAAGAAAGAGAAGAAGGAGUUUCCGCCGCCAUUAUCGUCGUUGAGCCAAGAUGGAAAGCCCAAUUUCUUCAUGCGUGCGGUGAGGAAAGAUGGACGGUUAGAAUUGACCGAGGUGAAAAUUGAUCGGCCUGAAACUCUCCGUGCUUCCCGCCAAGAUGGACGGUUGAGAUUGCAUUUUAUUCGCAACCUCGAAGAAGAAGACGAAAAUUACUAUUUUCCCGCGGAAACAGAGGAACGUCUAGACGAUGAAGAGGAAGUAAUUGAAACAGAUGAAGAAAAUGAUGAUGAAGAGGAAGAAGAAGAUGUUGCGGAGUGGAAGUUUCCGGUGACACGUGGAGGAAGUAGAGAUUGUCAUCGGAGAUGCUACGGCAGACACCAUGAUAAUCUACAUGUAUGGAGGCAACGCUGUGUAACAACUAGGUGAAUUAUAAUAAUUAAAUGAGAAAUUGGACAUUAGUUUUAUUUAAAUUAAAUGCAGUAGGGACCAAGACGACAUGGCCAUCCAUGUGAAUCCGUUUACAGUACUCUGCCAUUUCAGGGGAAUCUAAGAAAUUGUAAAAAUGAGGACCCAAUGAAGUUUGGAAAUAAGAAGCUGCAGGCAGUGAAAUUAAGGGCCUCGAAUUGCUAGGAGUUGGGGAAAUAAAUAAAAAAAAGCAUUGGGAUUCUGUAUUGCUGCAACAGAGCAGUAAAUUGUGUGAUGUGUCGACUGAGGAGUAUCAGGGGAGGGAGGGGACAGAGAAGAGAAUAAUCAGUUACCUAAAUUUUCUGAAAACAAAUUACAGUACCUACGUGACAGACAAAACCAAGAAUUAUUUUUGGUUAAGAAUACUAAAUUUGGAACUUUCAGUUGAAGCACAAGUUGUACUUGUACCAUAAACAGUAAUGAACGUACUAAUACGUAUUUGUUUUAUUUGUUAAAAGUUACUAAUUA